AUGUGGAGAGCGCUGGCCGCCGCCCCGGCCCGGGCCCUGCUGCGCACCCCGCCGGCCCGGUGGGUUGCCAGCCUGGCCGUGUCCCCCGCCGCGGGCCCGGCGGACGAGCGGGUAGAGACGCGGGUGGCGGGGCUGAGCCCGGGGCAGCCGGUGACCCUGCGGGCGGUGGCGGCCGAUGACCGCGGCUGCCUCUUCCAGUCGUGCGCGCACUACCGGGCGGACAGCCGCGGGGAGCUGCACCUGGGCACGGACGCCUCCCACGGCGGGGACUACACCGGCGUGGAGCCCAUGGGGCUCUUUUGGAGCCUCGCCCCCGCCGGCAUGGAGAAGCCGUACCAGCGGCUCGUUCCCCGCAGCACCGGCGCCCCGAUGAAGGUGGAGGUGUUGGUCCACCAAGGCCACAGCCCGCCCGGUUCCAUGCCCGGGCCCGUGGUGGCCAAGGCCGAGGUGCAGAGAUUAUUCACGGCCCCCGGCGUGCGGAGGAUCCGGCUGAAGGAAGGAGUCGUAAGGGGCUCCCUUUUCCUGCCGCCGGGGGAUGGUCCCUUUCCAGGAGUGAUUGACAUGUAUGGUGAUGAAGGAGGCUUGAUUGAAUUUAGAUCCAGUCUCCUGGCUACCCGUGGUUUUGCUGCUCUUUCUUUGCCAUAUUUUGACUUUGAAGAUCUUCCUAGGGUCAUGAAAGAAUUAAAACUUGAGUACUUUGAGGAGGCAGCAAGGUUUCUACAGCGUCACCCAAAGGUGAAAGGACCAGGAGUUGGAGUGAUUGGGACUGGGAAAGGGGCAGAAUUGGCACUCUCCAUGAUCACCUUCCUGCCAGAGGUGGUGGCUGCUGUCUCAAUCUCUGGCUGUAGUUCAAACACAGUUGCAGACCUCCAUUAUGGUGACAUGACUCUGCCCGGGCUGCGUUUUGAUAUGAAGAAAGUCAGUGUCUCUGACUCUGGUGUAUUUGACAUUUUUGAAGCUCUGGAUGACCCAACAAAUCCUGCUAAUUCUCCUAGUGUGAUCCCCAUUGAAAAAGCAGAAGGCCACUUUCUCUUAGUGGUGGGGGAAGAUGAUCGGAUGUGGAAGAGCUCCUUAUAUGCUGAGCUGGCAAUCAAGCGUCUACGCCAGCACGGGAAAGAGAACUUUGAACUCCUGAGUUAUCCGGGAGCAGGUCACCGAAUUGAUCCUCCUUCUACUCCCUUUUGUCAGGUAGCUAUGGAUCGUGUUUUGGGGGUGCCUGUUCUCGGGGGUGGAGAGAGCAAAGCACAUGCCCAUGCACAGGAACACUCCUGGGGAAAGAUUCAGGAGUUUCUGCACUUGCAUUUGGGAUGA